CGCGUAAACAUCCAGUGGAGGAGGUUGGAUGCUGGAUCCUGGAUGCUGGAUGUUGGAUCCUGGAUGCUGGAUCCUGGAUGCUGGAUGCUGGAUGCUGAAGGUUGAAGACUGACGGGAGUCUGCGAGCGAGGCUGUUGAUGCCGGAUAAAGUUUCCCCGGCUUGGCGCGGCAGAGGAUCGAGGACCCGGACUCCCGCCUGACAAGUUGCCGCCUGGCCUCGCCUGGCCUGGCCUGGCCUGGUCUGGUCUGGUCUGGUCUGGUCUGGUCUGGUCUGGGCCACCAUGGGCACCCUGCGCGACCUGCAGUAUGCUCUGCAGGAGAAGAUCGAGGAGCUGCGGCAGCGAGACGCGCUCAUCGACGAGCUGGAACUGGAGCUGGACCAGAAGGACGAGCUGAUCCAGAAGCUGCAGAACGAGCUGGACAAGUACCGCUCCGUCAUCAAACCCGCCACGCAGCAGGUCCACAAACACCCGGAGCUGCAGGCCGAGCAGCAGCGCACCAAGAGGCAGGCCAUCUCGGCGGAGCCCACCGCCUUCGACAUCCACGAUCUCAGCCACGUCACGCUGCCUUUCUACCCCAAAAGUCCACAGUCUAAAGAUCUGAUCAAGGAGGCCAUCCUGGACAACGACUUCAUGAAGAACCUGGAACUGUCGCAGAUCCAAGAGAUCGUGGACUGCAUGUACCCCGUGGAGUACGGCAAGGACAGCUGCAUCAUCAAGGAGGGCGAUGUGGGUUCCUUGGUCUACGUCAUGGAAGACGGCAAGGUGGAGGUGACCAAGGAGAGCCUGAAGCUGUGCACCAUGGGCCCGGGGAAGGUGUUUGGGGAGCUGGCCAUUCUCUACAAUUGCACCAGGACCGCCACCGUCAAAACGCUGACAAACGUGAAGCUGUGGGCCAUCGACCGCCAAUGCUUCCAGACCAUCAUGAUGAGGACGGGCCUCAUCAAGCACACGGAGUACAUGGAGUUUUUGAAGAGCGUGCCCACUUUCCACAGCCUGCAGGAGGACAUUCUCAGCAAGCUGGCCGACGUCCUUGAGGAGACCCACUAUGAGGAUGGCGAGUACAUCAUCAGGCAGGGGGCCAGGGGGGACACCUUCUUCAUCAUCAGCAAAGGAAAGGUGAACGUGACCAGGGAGGACCCGCCCAACGGCGAGCCGGUCUACCUGCGCAGUCUGGGGAAAGGAGACUGGUUCGGCGAGAAGGCCCUGCAGGGGGAGGACAUCCGGACAGCCAACGUUAUCUCAGCCGAGGCGGUCACCUGCUUAGUCAUCGACCGGGACUCAUUCAAGCAUCUAAUUGGAGGCCUGGAGGAUGUGUCCAGCAAAGGUCACGAGGAUGUUGGCGCCAAAGCCAAGUAUGAAGCCGAGAACGCCUUCUUCUUCAACCUCAACCUGGCGGACUUCAACAUCAUCGACACUCUGGGGGUGGGCGGAUUCGGACGCGUGGAGCUGGUGCAGCUUAAGAGCGACGAGAACAAAACCUUCGCCAUGAAGAUCCUGAAGAAGCGGCACAUCGUGGACACCCGGCAGCAGGAACACAUCCGCUCGGAGAAGCUCAUCAUGCAGGAGGCCCACUCGGACUUCAUCGUCAGACUGUACAGAACCUUCAAGGACAGCAAGUACCUUUACAUGCUGAUGGAAGCCUGCCUGGGAGGAGAGCUGUGGACCAUCCUUCGAGACCGAGGCUCUUUUGAGGACUCGACCACCAGGUUUUAUACCGGCUGUGUAGUGGAGGCCUUCGCCUACCUGCAUUCCAAAGGCAUCAUCUACAGAGACCUCAAACCUGAGAACCUUAUACUGGAUCACAGGGGCUAUGCCAAACUGGUGGACUUUGGUUUCGCCAAGAAGAUUGGUUUUGGCAAGAAAACGUGGACUUUCUGUGGCACUCCUGAGUACGUAGCGCCAGAGAUCAUCCUGAACAAAGGCCACGACAUCUCUGCAGACUACUGGUCGCUGGGAAUCCUCAUGUUCGAGCUCCUAACUGGCAGCCCUCCCUUCUCUGGCCCCGAUCCAAUGAAGACCUACAACAUCAUCCUGAGAGGCAUCGACAUGAUCGAGUUCCCAAAGAAAAUUACCAAAAAUGCUGCCAACCUAAUCAAAAAGCUAUGCAGGGAUAAUCCUUCUGAACGACUGGGGAACUUGAAAAAUGGUGUCAAAGACAUCCAAAAGCACAAGUGGUUUGAGGGCUUUAACUGGGAGGGGCUAAAGAAGGGGACACUCACGCCUCCUAUCAUCCCCAAUGUGACGUCGGCGGUGGACACCAGUAACUUCGACAGCUUCCCGGAGGACAACGAGGACCCGCCCCCCGACGACAACUCCGGCUGGGACGUGGACUUCUGAAGUCGGACGCGGGGGAAACUCUCUCAUUCCAGGCUUUUUUUUGGACGCCGCGUCGGAAGCCAACGCGGAGACGACACGCAGGCCGAGAUUUAGCGUGCGGAUGACACGCCCCUAUUGGGUCACCGAUAAAUGACACGCCCUUAUUGGGUCACCGAUAAAUGCCUUUAUUUCACUGUGGCUCCUCCCCCUCACCCCCCCCCCCCCCCCCCCCCGAUCAAGCAUUUAUUGCGGGACGGCUGUAGCACAUCUUCAAGUCUUGUCUUACGCUCGGCUCAAAGGACGUGCAGGGAUACACACACACACACACACACACACACACACACACACACACACACACACACACACACACACACACACACACACACACUUACACGCACGCAGAUAAAAAAAACAUCCCGUGCGGAUGUUUCCUCUUUGCAACUUUUCUUACGUUUUAGGAGUGUAAAAAUGUGAAUUGUGUUGUGGUUGUCAUGUUCUGGCUUCCUAGGCUCGCUCAACAAGUGCUCUCGACUAAGCUGAAUGUCGCCUGCUGUCGCAAACAUUCUCUACUUGCUGGAAUAGUUAGCAUUUCAAAAUAAAAGCACAAACUCAA